AUGCCUGCCAAAUCGCCCUCACCUUCAGUGUCGGCCUCCCUGAACACCGCCUUCGCUCCCUAUUUUCCCAAGUCCGAGAUCAGUCCGCGAGAGUCACGGCCUCUACCCACUCGGCCGCUCUGUAUAUCCGAUGAGCAGCUGUGCAGCAAACCAAUUCUUGCAUACGAUGAGCAAUUGCACGAAUCCAAUUACAAUCCGCCUUCAAACGUGGAUCUUGCACACCGACCUGAUGCCGUCUCUGAUCCAUAUCUCAUGCCCUCCCUGGCGAGCAACGAGCGCCUCCGACUGACUAUGCUCUGGUAUUACACCCGUGGCCUCUACGAAGAUGGAGAAUUUCUGCAACUACUGCAGGAGAAGCUAGAUCUUGUCCAAACCUUUAUGGAAUGGGAAUUCGCGCUGUUGGGCCUGCUCAGCGAAGAUGUGUACACUCGUGUGGCUGCAACUGAUGUUCUCCAGCCGUGGCUCAAGGUGGCCUUCGCAGUUACGCUGGAGUACAACUACGAUGCACCACUUACUCAGACUCAAGAGGGUGCUCUGGUCCGCUUCGCAGACAUGCUCGUAACGGAAAUCGUCAGUCACUCACGGCAUGAGCGUCGAAGACAGCGUAACAUCAUGGGCCAGCGUCUCGCAGAGUGUCGCCCUGAUGAAGUCGAAAACGCUGAGGCACACAUCUUGAAUCUUAUACGCGAAAUGUAUCCUGCCGCAUUUGUGGAUAUUUACGAGGUUUCCGACAACACAGUCCCGCUACCCAGCCAUCCUCCUAUAGACUUGGUUAGCAUUCAGGACGGCUUGUGGGAAGAUGCCGAGCACAUCGACGAACUCAUCCGGACGGCUAACUGCACGAAGAUCAGUACAUCAAAAGUUGUUCGAGCUAUCGUCCACCCUUGUCAGAGUUAUCCUCAUCAGAAGUACCUCGUGGUUGCCUCAAGUCAGGUUCAGACCGUCUUCGACGAUGUUGAUUCCUGGUUCGUGGAAAAAUGCGCCACAUCUCUCGCUAAAAUCGCCCAAGAAAGCAGCUUGAGAGAAGCCAUCAGGGCAAAGGAUAAGUUCCUCAGAGGAAUCACCCACCAGCUCCGAACUCCAAUUCAUGGUGUGCUGGCGUCUUGCGAAUUGCUUACUGAAGAGCUGGCUGCUCGCAGCACACCCGCAAAUGGUCCGGACGCACCUGCAACAAACCCCUCGUCUAUCAUCGAUACCAUCAGAGACUCGGGAAAGGAGCUGAUGACAACGGUAAACAACAUCCUCAAGCUCAACCGUUGGGCAGAGACUAUCGCGGUCAAGCACCAUAUUGGGCUUCAAUCUCUAGCUCACUUGGAAGAUGACAUUAUGCACGAAAUGAGGCAGGUGGUGUCAGGACACGAUCUUUCCAGGAUUCCCAUUCUUUUCGAGAAUCGCCUCGCCAGCGAUGGCUACAUCACCAUCAUGGAUCCCUCUCUAUUGAAGGAAUGCAUACAGUCUUUGAUUCUGAAUGCAUUGUCCAACAAUAAUGAUAGCGCGGUCAUUAUUGUUAUUACAGCACCAUCAGACAACUCGAGCCUUGCAUUCGAUGUGUUGGAUGCUGGUUGUGGAAUUGCCCCAGCCGACCAAGGCCGCAUCUUUGAAGCGUUCGAAAAACUCAACCCACACAGUCGCGGAGCAGGACUUGGACUGACCCUCGCGACAAAAAUCGCUGCCUCGAUGGACGGCAAUGUCUCCCUAGUCGCUUCCUCGCAGCAUGCGGACAACCACGGCUCUCACUUUCGCGCUGAGUUUUGCAGGCUCGAAUUCAUACAUAGCGAUUCCCAUAUCACACCGCUAUCAGAAUCACUCCAUCAAAUACCUCGCGAAUUUUACAUCGCCCACGCUCCUGACCAACGUCUUGACCUGGUCUUACACUUCGCAAGCUUCCUAGAAUACCAAGGAUUCAAACGAGCUAGCACCCCCAAGGAUUCCUUCGUUGUCAUUGCGUAUACACCUGAUACUGCCGAAUUCCAGAGUCUCGUCGAUUCUCUGGAUGCUGAGCAGCAUUCAAUCUGCUUGGCACCUUCAGGAGCUGGGAUGAAUAAAAUAUUUGGAGACAGAGUUCACUUUUUCUCUGGGCCAUUUUUGACAGUGCGUCUCAGAGAAAUACUCAAAGAGAUCGACAUAGCAUAUCAAACCCAAAAUCUCAAAGGCUCAAUGAUACUGCCCGAGGCUCGUCAAGGCAUUGAGAUCGACCUUCGCCAGAUCUCCGAGCUUGAGAUUGCGACGCCACCGACACCACCACCCGAGGUUGACCCUGUUGCGCUGCUAGUCGACGACAACAUGGUCAAUCUCCGAAUUCUCCAGAUGUACUGCGAGAAGCGAAACAUUACAUACAACACGGCAGUCAACGGCCAGGAAGCUGUUGACCAAUUCAAGAAGUCGUUGGAGGAGGGCCGGCCCAUCAACCUUGUGCUCAUGGAUUUGCAGAUGCCUGUAAGCGAUGGGAUAGAAGCAACGCAACAGAUUCGAGACGUCGAAGGGAAGAAUCAGCAUGCGCUCUCACCGAGUCGCAUUUUGAUGAUCACGGGUCAGGAUUCCGCCGAGGACAAGGCCCGAUCCUUCGCAGCCGGUGCAGAUGCGUUUCACGUUAAGCCCAUGGGCAUGAAAGCCCUUGACCACGGUAUUGGGGAAUACUUUCCAGGAUUUUCAAAGAAGAUUGCAUCUCUCAAGCCGAAAAAGAUACGAUGA